CCCCCAUUCUUAAAAAACGAGUUUUCUGUCACGUGGUUACUACACUAAGGCCACAAACCGAAAAUUACCGACAACUCCCGACAGCGACUUGCUCUUUCUGUUCCUGUAAACGACGAAAGACCAGAGGAGGAUGACAAUGACAGUUCUCAGUACUCAUUUAUAUUAUCAAUGAACAAUUUCAAUCGAUUUUAAUGUAAAUAAUUGCAAUAGUUGACUUAAUAAAGUAACUCAUCUUGGAUUUGAUUUUUCAACAAUAUUAAUAAGCACAUUUGACAGUCGGUGACGUACUUGAUAUUAAUCUAUUUUAUCAGUUUUCGUCUCAAAUAUUAUCGUAAAUAAUUUUAUAAAAAAGUUACGAUUUAAUAAAAUACCAGGAUAAUAAAUAAAAAUGGACAUUGGAUUCUCAUCGUAUCACAAUGGUGGGCCAGUUAGAGAACAAGAUUUUGAAAGACUUUCACAAACAGUAGGAACGUCAAUACUCAAAAUAUCUCAAAAUGUGUCAUCAAUGCAAAAAAUGGUUAACCAAUUGGGAGGAUCAACAGAUUCACAAGAGCUUCGAAAUCAACUACAUCAAAUUCAGCAUUACACUCAGCAGCUAGCAAAAGAUACAAAUGUACAUCUGAGAGAUUUGGCAGCGAUUGUCAGUAAUUCAUCUUCGAACAGUCCUGGAGAACAAACUCGAAGGAAAAUGCGGAUGCAUACAGAAAGACUUCAAGAUGAAUUUAUGUCUGCUUUAAACAGUUUUCAGAGUGUCCAAAGGCAAGCAGCAUCUAAAGAAAAAGAAAUGGUUCGUAAAGCUAAAGCUAGCGCUGGAGUGGUUCCAUUUGGUGAAAAGAAACAAGAAACAUUGAUUGAAUUACAAGACAGUAGAACACAAAAACAAAUUCAACAACAACAUUUACAAGAUGAACAAAACCUACGAAUGCUCGAAGAACAAGAAGCUAGUAUACGUCAACUUGAGAGUGAUAUAAGUGAUGUUAAUCAAAUAUUCAAAGACUUGGGGGCUUUAGUACAUGACCAGGGAGUUGUAAUUGAUUCAAUAGAGGCAUCUGUAGAAAGAACUGAAGUAUUUGUUCAUGAAGGCGCUCAACAAUUGAGGACAGCAGCAACUUACCAAAAUAAAUUACGAAAAAAGAAAUGUAUACUGGUAAUGAUCGGAGCCGUGGCUCUUUCUAUUUUGAUUGGUAUAAUUGUCUGGCAAACAUCUUAAGAUUUAUUAUGUUUUUGUUGAUAAUUAGUAUGUCUAAAACCGAGUUGUUUUAUUAUCAAAUAAAUGAGAGGUAACUUUUUAUAUUUUAUUUAUUCCGUAAAUCUAUCACGCGGGAAAAGUCCAUUUGUAUAAUACAUUUAUUUGAUAUAUUAUUGCCAAUAUUACACCUGAUGCUAUCGUAAUUUUUAUUAAAAAUAUAAUAAUUGUUGUUACUUGGAUAAGUCCAUAAAUUUUUACUCAAACGAAAAAAAUAUUGUCAUUAAAAGUAUACAGACAGAAAAUUUAAAAUUUUUGUCAUUUAUCUUGGUGAUGAUAAUGACAAAUUAAUUAAUUAUUAUUAUUUUUUUUUGUUGCUUGAUUUUUUUUAUAGAUUUAUCUUCGGUGAAAUCAUUCCCAAAUAUUUUAAGUUAAUUAUUGAUAUUCUUCAAUAAAUUAAAAAAAUAUUAAUUCUAAAACUGAGUAAUCU